CUGAUAAUCUUUUUAGGGUUGAUCAAUUCAAACCCUAAAAGGAAGGGCAGUAAUCUAGCUCAGGGAACAAAACAAAACGGCAUCAGGGGAAGAAAAGUCCCGAGAUUGAUAUUCAUCAUUUCGGGUUUUAUUUAAGUUUCAUGUAUUUGAUGAAAUUUAGAAUUUAUCUCGACGAUACCCUGUUUGUCAUUGCCAAUAUAUAACUCGUAAAUAUUAUUUAGAAUGUAAAAAAGCAGUUAUUUCGAUUAGCUUUUUUUGGGUGUUUUAUGAAGGGGAAAAGUUGCAGUUCUUGAAGAGAUAUUUUAAUACAAGAACAGGUUCAUGCAUGCCCAGAAACAUUAGCAAAAAUUAAGAUUCAACUAUGAAAUCUGAGAAGAGAAGUGGAAGUAGCAAGCAUUCAAGCGUUGCAGAAGAAGAAGAGGAUAUGGUAGGUUUUGAUGAGUCUUUGCAUUCAGAUUCUCAGAAAUCUAAGAACAGUACUGAUGUAACCAAAGAUGAUCUAGAAAAUGUUACAAGUGAACUGAAACACAGCCAUACUAAAUCAUCAUCCGAGGAUUACUUCCAAAUUGAUCCCAAUAAAUUCCCAACCUCGGAGGAAUCCCAAAUUGAUCCAACUGAGAUCAAAACCUCUGAACCAGUUCACCAAAAUUCCCCUCCAAAAGAGGAAAACACCACCAGUUCAAAGGUUGAAGAGAGGAAAUCUGAUGAUGUUGAAGGUGGAACUUUGCACGAGUUGGAAGAAACGUCUGGAUCGUCACGUUCUUUCUCACAAAAUUCGGUUGUCACUCAUGAAUCUUUAGCUCCAACAUUGUCACCAACAAAAUCCCCUGCUCCCCAAGUGAUGGAAAGGCCUGCGGGAUAUGAUCCGAAUCGCAUUUCAGCAGCCAUCUUUAGCAAACCUCCCGGGCCGUUGGAUUGGAGUGUUGCUUCUAAUGAAUCUUUAUUCAGCAUCCGAAUAGGGAGUAUGAGUUUUGCUAGAGAUCGAAAGCUAGGUGGAGAUUCACACACACGUAAAAAUACUGGUAUAUCAGGAGACUUUGAUUAUUCGAGUGAUUGGUACAGGUCUGGAGAGCUGAAAAGUCCAAGUGAACUUGUCAGGUUAAGGCAACAUUCUCCAGCAAAAUUUGGAGCUGACCACAGACUGCAGUGCAUUGACUCAGGGAAGUCUCAAGUGUUUGGAAAACUGAGGGAGAGUGUUCACGACGAAGCCUUCAACAAUCAAGGUAGGAUAGAUCCGGAUGAAGCCUAUUCUCUUACUGAUGAGAGUAAGUCUAACACCCAUUCUUGCGCUUCUCCAAUGAAGAAUUCUCCGUCGCCAUACCUAUGUAAUUGGUGUAGUUGCACAUGCUGCUCUUGUAAACAGCUAUGCUGCGGAAGCUGUCUUCCUAAGUGCCCACAUUGCUCAGGCUACAGUUGUGAAGGUUUAUGUAACUGGUCAAGCUGUUGUUGUUCCCAAAAGUCAUUAGGUAGGCCGAGUUAUUCUUGCAACUGGCCAGGCGGUUUUUGUUUCGAUUGCAGCUGUUGUUGCCACCAACGUUUAGGUGGCUCAAGAUGGCCGAAUUGCUGCCCUUGCAGUUCAUUAUGUGAACCAAGUUUUUCUUGCUGCAAGUGGCCUAGCUGUUCAAGUUGCAACUGCUCUAAGCCUAAAUGCCCAAAAUCUUGCUGCAAUCUGUGCUAGUUGGAUGUUUCUUGUAUGAUUGCGAAGUUUGAUAGAUCAAUGGCGCGACGAAUCAGCAGACCACAAAAGAGACAACAACCCAGGCAGCGGAAUGAAUGAAUCCAUCAUUGGAAGAUUAAGAGAGUUUCAUGCAUUCUGUCAUUCACUGCACCUUUCUCAUAACGACUGCAAACUAAGCCUCCAUUUCACUAGGUGAUCAAAGUGAUUUACGCACCUAUAUGGAUCACAUGGCGUCAUCAUUUUCCGCGAGGACACCACCGCCUUUGUUGUUUUGGCCAAUGUAAUUUUGCAUUAUCAGUCUAGCGUGCAUGCUUUUGUAACAAAGGCGGAGGAAUAGCAUCCUUGUUUUAGCAAUGUGUAAUUGGAAAUUCUCGUCUGCGGAUUGUAAUUAGUUGAAAGAGUUUGCAACGGAAUUAGGUUAGUCAUUUAGGAGUAGGUUCCGUAGUUCCUAUAUUGAAUUGUCAAGUUUAUUUUAAAGAGAAGGC